GCCUUGUGCAUUCGUCAUUCGUCGCAUUACGACACGUUUGUUGUUGUUUCUCGUGGCUUCUGGACGUGAACGUGUUUUUCGACCGAAUCACAGCCAUCGACCGUUGUGAAGCGGAGAUCGCGUGCAAAAUUUCGCGAUUCGCCAGAAAUCCAGCGAAAUUCACAUUCAGUGUCGUUCUAGGAGGAAAACGCGCGAGUCGACCAGGUCGUUGUGUGUCAUAAUCGCGCCCGUAGCCGCAUUUUUUGCCUGAAAUCGCAGCCAGGAGUUCGCCAGACAAAAGUCGCACCCACCAAAAUAGAGUCGGGAAACGUGUGUUGUUAGCCGCACACGAGAUCCACCGUCGUCGCCGUGCAUUGAGAAAAGUGUGUGGAAAACGGCGGGAAAACUGCCAAAAUCGUUAUCAACCAGCUCUCGCGGGACUGACGAAAUGGCCAGCACAAGUCUUUUGUGACAAAUUCCCUCUGGACUGCCGCGACCCGUUCGUUUUUGCACUUUUGAUUUACGGCUUUUCUUCAGUUCUGUUCUCGCAGUUCGCGUUCCGGCGGUGAAUUAAUUUGUGAAGGAAAUCGCAGCCGCCGCGGUCCCAGUAGAACCCCCCAAUCUCGCGGGCAGAUCAUCUUGUGUGAAGGAGGCACGUCAGGAAGUCGUCGCGAUCUCGCUGGCGGAGUCAUCGACAUUCGGAGAAGUCAGAUCUCAAAAAUAUCCACAAAUACGAUAUCUAAAGGUCCAAAUUGUUAGACUGCAGCUUUCGACUGAAUUGCAAAAAGCAUACAAUAUAAUAAAAAAAUUUUCCGGCGAAUUAUAAAUUCCCGUAAAAGAAAACCCAGUCAUUUUCAAUUGCAUUUAAACUUUUUGGUUUUCUAUCGCGUUUUUUAAAAACUUAUCCAAAUGAGGAGCGCAGGAAGUACCAAAAUGAGAUUAAGAUUCGAAGGAUCAGUUGGAGAUGACGCAAUGGAAGAUUGCGGCUUCAUGAAGUUUACAGAUGAGCAAACGAAAGCAUCGUUUCUUCAAUCUUUGCACACGAUGCAAAAACAUCGACUGUUUUGUGAUGUUGUUCUGAAUACUUGCCCACAACACAAAGAUUUAGGUACUUAAACACAUCUUCUAAUUCCUUCUACGCAGGUCGGCAAUUCGGACAUUUAUGCACACAAAAAUGUCUUGGCCUGUGUCUCAUCGUAUUUUAUGGAGUUAUUCAGCGCUGAUCAGGAAUCGGUUAAGACGCAUAGCGAGGAGAUUCCUAGCUUUCGUUUGAAUGGCGGAAUAACAAAAACGGCCCUGCAGAUCCUUAUCGAUUAUGCCUAUACAACUGUACUUGAAGUUCCUGAUACAUUAGUGAAAGAUGUCUAUUUGGCGGCCUGGAAGCUACGUAUGGAGCGUGUGGUGAAACAGUGCGCUCAGCAUUUAAUUUCGGAGAUGACGGCUGAUCUGUGCAUUGAAAUACGUUCGUUACCUGGUAUCGAUAAGAAUAAGAGUUUUGUACAAGAGGUUGAUGCAUUUAUUGAUAAAGAGUUUCCCGCUGUCUCCGAAACAGCUGAAUUCCUCCAACUACCUUGCGCUCAAAUCGACGUGCUAUACCAAACCAAGCAGGAAAUGUCGCUUGUCACAUCCGGAUCGUUGUGUCGUUUGGUGUUCGACUGGAUCAAAAAACAAUUAACUGACGAGCACUUGACGUACAACCAACUAAUGGAGCGUUCCCAUCUCCUCUACCUUGCGCUUGACAAUUCCCUACAAGAUUGUUCUGGCUUACCAUCCGGCCACGAGUCUGAUACCGAAUUGGUCCAAGACUACAAGCGUUUGGUACUCAAAUGCCCGAAUAAUAAACCAAAGAAGAAGUUAUUGGCAGCAACGGGACGUCCACGUGUUUUAAUCUAUUCCCGUGAUAUUAAUGAGCGUGAAGAGGAAAUACUUUAUGAGCCCGAUUGGAAUUUCAUCAGUUCGGCAAAAUGUGGAGAGAAUACUUUUGUUGCGCUCGCUACGGUGAAUGGUACAUUGAUGAGGGUAUCGGUGAAGAUGAGGCUUAAUACGGUGAAUAGUUCACCAACUGCUUCGCCGGAUUUGGUGAAGAAGAAUACAGAGAAGGCAAUGAAUGGUGGUAAGGAUUUGGAUCUUUUCUGUGAAGUUGCAACAAUGUCUGGACCAAAAUGUGGAUUGGGAGUCACCGAUUUGGAGGGAAAACUUCUUGUUUGUGGUGGCUAUGAUCGAGCCGAGUGUCUACGGAAAGUCGAAUCUUAUUGCCCAGAAACUAAUGUUUGGACACCAGAAUUUAACAUGAUUGAAGCUCGCGGAAGGGUUCAAAUUGCCACGGUUAAAGGCAUCGUCUAUGCAGUUGGCGGCAGCAACGGUACCACUGAACUUGAUACUGUUGAGUGUCUCAAACCGGGAGCUCAAAAAUGGCAAAAAUGCAGUUCCUUGCCAUUGGCUCGAAGUAAUGCUGGCGUCUGCAGUCUUAAUGGAAAAUUGUAUUGCAUCGGAGGAUGGAACGGCCAAAGUGGCAUCAGACAAUGUGAUGUGUUCUCCCCGGAGGAAGGCAAGUGGACAUCAUUGUGUCCAUUGAAUACUGGUCGGUAUCAAGCCGGUGUGACAGAUUCCAAUGGAAAACUUUGGGCUGUUGGAGGAAGUGACGCUUGGAACUGUUUGGGAUCGGUAGAAGUUUAUGAUCCUGAAACUGAUCAAUGGACAUACUCGUCACCAUUGAUAACAGCACGCAGGGGUUGUGGGUUGGCCGCGUUCCAGGGAAAACUUUAUGCCGUGGGUGGUAGUGAUGGAACUCAAUCGCUAAGCUCAACUGAGAUCUUCGAUGAAGAGACGAAGACUUGGGUUCUUGGCCCAUCCUUGAUAACGCCUCGUUCCAAUGUCUCCGUUGUGGUUGUUCAGAAUAAACUGUACGCGAUUGGAGGAUUCUCUGGUAAAAGCUUUCUGAACACCAUGGAAUAUUUGGACCCAGCAACCAACGAGUGGACCCGAUUCGUCCCGCAUCAACAUGACACAGAGAAAAUAACAAAAGUAUUGAAGUCACAGAAGAGCAUCCUGGAGAAUGGUAACCAGUCGAUGGCAAUCACCAACGGGAUUAAUGGUCAUCAUGACGGUAACAAGUCUCGAACGCUCAACGGCGAUUGUGACAACCACAAAGAGGAGAGCCUAAAAGAAUCGAAGACUGGGUCGCCGAAAGCUGACAUAAACCGUAGUUGUUCUAAUGAUACAUCAACCAAAACAUCAAUAUCCUCAUUGUCAUCAUCAUCAUUGUGCCAAGAGAAUGGCAUCAAUUCGAAUUCAAAUCAUGAUCUUCUGGACGAGUGUGAUGUCGCCACCGUGAAUCAGAGCAGUGAUAGUGAUAAUUAAGUUGUAGUCGGUAAGAAGCAAAGAAAAUCUAAAAAAAAUCCACUUUUUAGACGUUAAGGAACGAAUGUAACAUUUUUAUAUAUAUACAUACAUAUUUCCAUAUUAAAAUACAAUAAAGAUUGCAUUGCGGGGUGAGUGUUUAUUGAUCCGUUUCACGAAGUACUUUGAAAUGUUUGUACGAUGCCUUUCUAUCCGGUCAUUAGCUGUGAUGAAACGAAACUAUGAUCAUGAAAACAUAUCGGAAAACUGUAGUUCUUGUUGAAUUCCACUUCUUAGAUUGUUUAUUUCAGUUAGGAUUUGUGAACAGGGAAGCCGGGCAAGGUUAACCUAUUUUUUUUUUAAUUUGUUUUACUCGAAUUUUAAGUGAGAAAUUUUCAAUUUAUCGUUUUGGAAUAUGGCUUUGCUCGCGCGCAGCUGUGCGGAUGAAUGGACACUCCACCCGAGUAACUAAAUCAGUUCUAUGAUCCGACCAAAAUAUAAUUGCAUGUUUACAUGAAACCAACUCUAAUGGGAGUUAUCUUCUUCUAAGAGCCUUUAAUGAGUAGCUAAAAAUUGCAAAGACAGGACACGCUUGAAUGCAUCCCCCUUCAAGUCGAUCAGUCUUAGUUUUGUGUGUAUGUUACCUUUUGUGCAUGCAAAACAUUUGAAUAUAUAUAAAUGUACCAAAGCUUUUAUUAUAAAAAGGGCUGGCCUGGAGAAAUUUUGGAAAUCUCCUGCCAGUCGCUAACCGAAUAUAUCACAAAACGAUUGAGCCCUGGCCAUUCAAUGGCGAGAGGUUCAACACGAUGACACUAACAAAUUGACUGAAAACUAAACAGAAACUUAAAUGGUCUUUCAAAAUACGGUUUUCCUCCGAUUAACGAACGCUGCCAGUUUAUUAUUGUAUUAUAUUUUCAAAAUAAUGAGUAAUUUUCUAACGAUAAAUUGUACAUCAACAUUUGAGAGGGGCUCGCUUGAAAGGGAUGCAUUUAACUCUCCUGUGCCAAUGAAAAUUCAAAUCUUUUCGGGAGAAAGAAGCUAAAUUUAUGGCAAAUUCAAUACGAAACUUAUGAUUUUAUAUUUAAUAAAAGCAAAUAAAAAUACAAUUGCAAUUGUCUAAAGGGAUUAGAUUAAACUAAUGCUAAGAAAAUGCUAAACAAAAUUAAAAAGAAAAAAACACAUUGUACAAGAUUUAUUAUGAUGAAUAAAUGAAAAGAAAGCAAAAAAAUCUAUGAUAAGACGAGAGAGAGAUUAAUGAUAUAAAAUUGAUAUUGAUUGAUGUAAUAAAUGAUCUUUAUAUAUUGUAUAUGAAAUGGUAGCGGAAGCGGCAGUGAUAGGCGAUCUGCUCACGAUGCAUAAGAAAAGUGAAUAUGAAAGAAACAAACAGAAUUGCUAUGAAAUGUUAAAAAGUAAAAUAUUAUAUAUAUAAAAAGACAUAAUGUGUUUUUGCUCCUAAAUAUUGUAAAUUUAUCAUUUUUUAACAAAAUUCUUAAUUAAAAUCUGAAAUCUAUCUGAA